UUGAACCGUGGGUAGGCUGACGGCAGCGGGAAUGUGUGAGGGAGAGCAGAACAGGUUUGAACGGCAGACUGACACAGUGUCGGGCAGACAGAGGACCGGAGCAGUGACGUUCCUGGAGGAGUGCGCUUCAUUUUUGUGGAUUUCAAAGGUUUAAGCCCGUUUUUUUGUUACAAUUUGUUUUCCCCCACCACGUUUUCGCAUCACCUCGGCGCGGCCAGAGUGCGGAGGUGAAGGACGGUGAAAAUCCCGCUGGAAGACGCAGCUUUUACCUCGCAAAGAAACGCCAACAAAGAGCCUUCAAGGAAGUAGCAGCUGACUGGCGAGGUAACGUAAGUUAGUUCAGCAACACACAGAAAGUGCGGCAGCGGAUAAACCCUCCACCAUGGUCCACAGCAGACUCACUCGUGUGCUUUUGACUUUACUGUGGUUCAUUUUGUGCCUGAACGCGGGGAUUUUCCGAGUAAACGGGCAGUACGGCGGCGGUGACCGAGGAAUGUCUAUACCGGAGCACGGAUUUUGCCAGCCGAUAUCCAUCCCGCUGUGUACGGACAUCGCGUACAACGAGACCAUCAUGCCGAACCUGCUCGGUCACACCAACCAGGAGGACGCGGGGCUGGAGGUCCACCAGUUCUACCCGCUGGUCAAAGUGCAGUGCUCCCCGGAUUUAAAGUUCUUCCUCUGCUCCAUGUACGCGCCGGUGUGCACGGUGCUCGAGCAGGCGCUGCCCCCGUGCCGCUCUCUGUGCGAGCGCGCGCGGCAGGGCUGCGAGGCGCUCAUGAACAAGUUCGGCUUCCAGUGGCCCGACAGCCUCGCGUGCGAGUCCUUUCCGGUGCACGGCGCGGGGGAGCUUUGCGUCGGGCAAAACAUGUCGGACCGCGCCGAGCCGGACGGCCCGGCACACUUCCCCACCGAGCGCCCCCUGCCCGACCCCAUGAACGGCCCGUUCAGGUGCCCGCCCUCGCUCAGGAUGCCUCCCUACAUGAACUACCGCUUCCUCGGGCAGGAGAACUGCGGAGCUCCCUGCGAGCCGCAGAGAUCUCACGGGAUGAUGUACUUCAGCGAGGAGGAGCUCAAAUUCGCCAGGAUAUGGAUCGGCAUCUGGUCCGUGCUGUGUUGUGCUUCCACUUUGUUCACCGUGCUCACCUACCUGGUGGACAUGAAGCGCUUCAGCUACCCGGAGCGGCCCAUUGUCUUCCUGUCUGGCUGCUACACCAUGGUGUCCAUCGCCUACAUUGCUGGGUUUCUACUGGAGGACAAGGUGGUUUGCAAUGACAGGUUUGACAACGACAUAAGGACUGUGGUGCAGGGCACUAAGAAGGAGGGCUGCACCAUCCUCUUCAUGAUGCUCUACUUCUUCAGCAUGGCCAGCUCAAUCUGGUGGGUCAUUCUGGCUCUCACCUGGUUCCUAGCAGCAGGGAUGAAAUGGGGCCACGAGGCCAUUGAGGCUAACUCCCAGUACUUCCACCUGGCAGCCUGGGCCGUGCCCGCCAUCAAGACCAUCACCAUUCUGGCCGUGGGGCAGGUGGACGGAGACGUGUUAAGCGGGGUCUGCUUCGUGGGCAUCAACAGCGUGGACGCCCUGCGGGGCUUCGUCCUGGCGCCGCUGUUUGUCUACCUAUUCAUCGGAACCUCCUUCCUCCUGGCGGGGUUCGUGUCCCUGUUCCGCAUUCGCACCAUCAUGAAGCACGACGGCACCAAGACGGAGAAGCUGGAGAAGCUGAUGGUGCGGAUAGGGAUCUUCAGCGUGCUGUACACCGUGCCGGCCACCAUCGUGAUCGCCUGCUACUUCUACGAGCAGGCCUUCAGGGAGCAGUGGGAGAGGACGUGGAUCAGCCAGACGUGCAAGUCGUACGCCGUGCCGUGUCCCGCCCAGAGCCACCCCAACAUGAGCCCCGACUUCACCGUCUUCAUGAUAAAGUAUCUCAUGACGCUCAUCGUGGGCAUCACCUCCGGCUUCUGGAUCUGGUCUGGGAAGACCCUCAACUCCUGGAGGAGGUUUUACACGAGACUGGCCAACAGUAAACAGGGCGAGACCACAGUGUGAUGUGGUUUAAGCCCCGUCCCUCACACAGACUGCUUAGUGACAAACUGAAUGAUUAUCCUCUUGAUUUCUCUUGAUUUUUUUUUUUUCUCGGACUUGCAGGAGACACUUGGUAUGUUUUGUAAUGUACAUAUACAUUUGUGAGAUUUUUGUAAGUAUAUAUUUGUAUUUAAAGAUUUUAAAAAUGCUCUUUUUUAAAAACCCCACCUUUUUUCAUACCUUGGACGUAAUGGAAUUGUACUUAAUCAUCACAAAGAGCCAGCUGACCAUCAAGGAUCCAGAGGUCUCAUGACCUGACUUACUGUGGACACCACUGGGAGGAUUUCACAUGGAGCGGUUGCGUCUUUGAUCAGUGGACUGCCUGUGAGUGCUGGGUCUAUUCUAAGCAGAGUCCCGUGAAACCCAAGUGCUUCCUCGUGGCUCCCUCUUAUCCCGAUUAACCAGCUGUAGUCUGUGUCUGUUAUACAGUUGCUGGGGUCUGAAGGGAAGUGUCAGCAGUGCGGGACAAGAGACGGUGCGCAGGUUGUGAAUGUGAGUCAUUGUGACAGAUGGUUGUGGCCUGUAGCUCGGGCCCUCACAGUUAUAACAUUCCUUUCCAAAUAAAGCACACACAAUCAUGUCAGGUUAAAGGACCACACCAGUGUUUUUGCAUGUUUUAGUUUGGUGCAUUUUACAUUUUUAACCACUCUGUCAGAUUUUUUUUAGUUUUCCCUGCCGUCCUGGAAAGAAUUGUUCCUUUUAUUGAAUUUGUAAAUCAACUUACACACUCUUUCUGCGCAGUGACCGCCAUGCCUGCUUCGUUCUGUUAAAGUUAGGGUAUUGUGCAUAAUGCAGGUGCAAGUGCAGUUUGAUUCUCUGCAGUAUGACGCAUCAAUUUCCCAACCAAAACGAAAGCAGAUGAGAUGUUGGCUGACAAGUUUCAAGACUCUGUAAGUUGGUUUUCAUCUGCAGUGAAAUGAACUGAAAGCAGGGGUUGCCUGCUAGGAAGGAAAACACACUAGGAAAUCUUUUUAAAAACGUGUGGUAUUAGAAAAAAGAAAAGAAAAAAAAAACAGCUGUAAUGCAAGUCAAAUGUACUACAACCAGAGUCCUAAUCAUGCAAAAAAUACUACUACUGUGUUCCUUUUCAACAGCGAUUCAAAAUGGCAUCAAAAUGGGCUUAAAAUAAAAAAAUCUGCCUGUAGUGGCAAUUUGAGUUCAACUGCAAAGCUGGAAAACAUACAGUACUGUUUGUGUUAAAGCACAUUGGUAAAUUUAAAGCAUUUUUUGUACACAGUGCUGUGUAAAGUCAUUGGACACCCUUUGGGCCUAAACUUCCACCUUUUCUGUUACACCAGACUAAUCAGAUGUAUUUCACUGCCUUUAAUUCAACUAAAUGAGAAACCAUAAGAGUAGGUGCCCCCUUUUGUCAUCAAAGCAGAGCAAUUAGUCAAAUAAUCAUAAUUGGAUGUUUGAACGACAAUUAAGCAGAAACUUUACUGAUAAUGGAUAACUCAUUUCUGUAAUUUAUCUGGCAAAAAUACCCAACAUCUGCAGGUUCCAGCCUCUCAGAUUUUAUGUUUUGCUACUUUUCUGGAUUAUGAAUGAUAGGAAACUGAGUAUCUUUGGAUUUUUGAUUGUUGAUCAAAUACAACAAAAUUCAAUAUGUGACCUUUUUAUUGCCAAUUUUUUCGGACAUUUCAUAACGAAAAAACAAUUAAAGCUGCAGUAGGUAAUUUAUAUAGAAACAAUCUUUUGUCCUAUUUGCACACAAUCAGAGCCAAGAAAGAAAGUUGAUUCAUGGCCGUCAAACACAUACACUUUGGGACGCUGGGAAUGACUCUCAACUAUCAACUUUUGCUCUUCAAGCCUCCAACCUAAAGCAUCUUUAUAUCUCUCUCGCCUCUGAUUGGGUCUUUUUGUUCAGGCUCGAUAGAUUGUAGCAAAUGCCAUUAUAAGCACAGAGGGAGCCAGAGGAACCUGAGGUUUUGUAGAUUAUCUGUCUCAUGUACUACUGUCAGAAUGCAGUGAAAAUUUAAACAAUAAUGACAUUUUUAUCAUUUUUAUUUGUACAAGUUACCUACUGCAGCUUUAACUGAUUACUUGAACAGAUAAUCUGCAGAUUAACUGAUAACCGAAUUAAGUGUUACUUGCAAGCCUACAUCUAAGGUUCAUUGUGUCAGUGAGAAAUACGUCCUCAAAGCUUCGCGACUUUCACUGCUCAGAUCUUCUGUUUAGGUUGUAACUGCAGGUUUGGAGCGUUAUUCCGAACUGUGAUCAUUCUGACUCAUUCUGCCGGCAAAAGCGGAGAAGUAAUCUCAGUAGAAUUCCAAUACGUUUUUAGGGCUCCGUUUCAGAAAAUAAUGAGCAUGUUGUGCAGUGUGAGGCUUAUCGACAGCUUUGGGGUCAGAGUAGGUCAGGUUUCAAAAGAAAAACAGAUGAUCACGCUCCCCUUAGUUAAGCUGAGAGUACAUAGGAGUUAAGGUCAUGUUCUCAGAUAGUGAACAGUAAAUACACCUGCAUGUGUUUUUUGUUCUGGUUAUCUAUAAACUUUGAUGGCACAAGGGAUAGGUUUGCAUGCAUAUGUUGGAAAAUCGUACUUUAACCGUAUUUUAACUCCAUUAGAAUCAACAGAAUUUUUGGUAGAACACUGUUAAAAAGCUGAAAGACCCCCAGACACACAAGUAGUCUGUUUGGAAAAAUAAUGUGUGUCUGAUGUGUUUAAUUUCUACUCAAAAAUCCUUAAAUCUCCUCCUUCUACCUCAUUAUAAAUUCCAGAAUCUGUGAAUAAGCAAAUGUUGUUCAUUUCUAAAGUUUUCCUGCUGGACACAAGAUGUCUCCUCCUUCACUGUA